CGGGGUUCGGGGGGGGGGGAGGCGGGCAGGGGGCUCGGAGGAUGGCCGCCCGUGCCCGGCAGCCUAGCGGGGCCCUUCUGCCGGGGCCGGGGCUCCGCGGCGGCCAUCUGAUGCAAUGCUGGCCCGUGUUGCCGCUCUGGUGGCAGCGCCGCUCCGCAGCACCGCUCGCAGCGCCCGCGGCUAGGCUCGGCAGCGGGACGGGGCAGGGCUGAGCGGCGCCCGCAUCCCUCGCCUCGACGAGGGCGGCGGGGACGCGGCGAUCCGCGGCGACAGCGCCGCUCGGGAGCCUCGGAGCGGCCCGGCGCGGCGAUGCUGCGGCUCCUCUCGGCUGCCCGGCGCGGCGCGGCCCGGCCCGGGGGCGGCGGCGGCGGCGGGGAGCGGCGGCCCCGGCUCCCGCAGCCGGCUCGGGAGGGCGCGGCGAGCUGGAGCAGCGCCGCCGAGGCCUCCGCCGUGAAGCUCAACGAGAAGGCGAGCCGCGAGAAGAUCCUGACGCUGGAGUCCAUGAACCCCUACGUGAAGGCGGUGGAGUACGCGGUGCGGGGCCCCAUCGUCCUCAAGGCCGGCGAGAUCGAGAAGGAGCUGCGCAAGGGAAUCAAAAAACCUUUUACUGAAGUAAUUAAAGCCAACAUUGGAGAUGCACAUGCAAUGGGACAGAGGCCAAUCACCUUCCUUCGUCAGGUAGUGGCACUGUGCACAUACCCAAACCUGCUGGACAGCCCAAGUUUUCCAGAAGAUGCGAAAAAGCGAGCCAGACGGAUCUUGCAGGGUUGUGGAGGUAACAGCUUAGGAGCUUACAGUGCCAGUCAAGGUAUAAAUUGCAUCCGUGAAGAUGUUGCUUCAUAUAUUGAAAGAAGAGAUGGAGGAGUUCCUGCAGAUCCAGAUAACAUAUAUCUUACCACUGGGGCAAGUGAUGGCAUUGCUACAAUUCUAAAGAUCCUGGUCUCAGGAGGUGGAAAAUCCCGAACAGGAGUGAUGAUCCCUAUACCACAGUAUCCCUUAUAUUCAGCAGCCAUAUCUGAACUCGGUGCCAUCCAGGUGAACUACUAUUUGGAUGAAGAAAAUUGCUGGUCUCUAGAUGUGAAUGAACUUCGCCGCUCCUUGAAUGAAGCUAAGGCAUAUUGCCAUCCAAAAGUCCUCUGCAUCAUCAACCCAGGAAAUCCCACAGGACAGGUGCAAAGCAGAAAGUGCAUUGAAGAUGUGAUACACUUUGCUUGGGAAGAGAAACUUUUUCUUCUGGCUGAUGAGGUUUACCAGGACAAUGUGUACUCUGAAGGAUGCCAGUUUCAUUCCUUCAAAAAGAUUCUGUAUGAGAUGGGACCUGAGUACUAUAACAAUGUUGAACUGGCCUCUUUUCACUCUACAUCUAAGGGAUACAUGGGCGAAUGUGGCUACAGAGGAGGUUAUAUGGAGGUCAUUAACUUGCACCCAGAAAUGAAAGGACAGCUUGUUAAGCUGCUUUCUGUUCGCAUUUGUUCUCCAGUCUCAGGACAAGCAGCAAUGGAUAUUGUAGUUAAUCCUCCAGUACCUGGAGAAGAAUCCUAUUCACAGUUCAUAAAGGAGAAGGAGUCUGUUUUGAACAAUCUUGCCAAAAAAGCAAAACUGACAGAAGACAUGUUUAACAAGGUACCAGGAGUUCACUGCAAUCCACUUCAAGGAGCUAUGUAUGCUUUCCCACGGAUCUUUAUCCCUGCCAAAGCCAUUGAGGAAGCAAAGGCUCAUAAAAUGGCACCCGACAUGCUAUAUUGCAUGAAACUUCUGGAAGAGACUGGAAUUUGUGUUGUACCUGGAAGUGGAUUUGGCCAAAGAGAAGGAAGCUACCAUUUCAGAAUGACCAUACUUCCUCCGAUAGAAAAGCUGAAGAUCCUACUGGAGAAAAUGAAAGACUUCCACAUAAAGUUUCUUGAAAAAUAUGCAUGAAACUGCUGUGGCUUUUUCCUCCAUCCCCUCCCCGUCAAGGUGAACGCAGAAAAUGAACAAGAAUCUGCUGAAAAUGUGCUGUUCAUCUAAUUAAACUAAAUUCAAACUAGACAGAACUUAUUUCAGAUACAGCUAAGACUUACUGGAUUGAAUUUAAUGUCUGUUAAUAUACGACAUUGUUACACCAACUUUUUUUUUUUUUCUUUCAAGAGGAAGGGGAAAAUGAGAAGAGAACGGUGGAAGGAGUCAGUAAAUGAUUUUGUGCCUUGAUUGGAAGUUACAUUCUUGAACUUUUGACUCAACAGGCUGGGGAAAGGAGUUGGUCAUGACAUCUACUACUGUUUUUUGGGGAGGUGUUUUUGUUGUUGUUGUUGUUUUUAUAAGACAGAAAUGCUUGGAGCAAUUGUUUAGCUAGGAACAUGAUUCCCAUCUUAAAAUUCUAAACAAAAAUUCAGAAGCCUACUGCAAGGUACUACAAGGUACUGGAUUUUUCCUUUUUUGUUUUUAAGUAUGAAGUGUUCUCUGGAUCUGAUUAAACGUGUAGGUACAGCAUGCUUAUUUAAAAAAAAUCACUGGCAGAUGUGUGUAGAUACCUUUGAACUUCUGUUAAAAAGAAAUCCUGCCAUCACAGCAUAAUCAGAGUGAAUAUACAGUUUUGAUCACAGGAGUGAAUAUGGUGUCUGUUUGAACCCUAUUUGUAUGAAACUGAAACAUAAUGAGGAAUAUUAGCUUCUUCUUCAUAUACUGUUGUACUCUUAUUAAAACACAGCUAAAUCAAGUAAUCAUCUAGGAGUACAGCUGUUUUACUCCACUAAUCCAUGCUAGUUCCACUAAAACAGAGAAAGAAGGCUUCAGUUUGCCUAGAGAUGGAAGCCGGAUGCCUUCUGCUAGCACUGGUAAAGUACUGAAGAAACAUAGCUUCCUUCCAGUAUUCAGCCAUGAAAGCAUUAACAUUUGUCAGGUUUAGGCUCAGCAUUUCAUGGAGAUUAUUCAUUAAGAAUAUCCCAUUUCAUCUAGUCAUUAAAUGAUUAAAGUAAAUUCAUUUUAAUGUCUACCAGCACUUUGUUAGGCUGCCUUUGUAGCUGCUUCAGCAUCCUAUGCUGAUCCAGGUAAUACUAAAGCCAAGGGCUAGAGAAUCAAGAUAUGGAUAAAGGAUGUGCCAAACCAUUAUGUGUAGAAGACAGAGAUGUUGACAAUAAUUGUCCUUGCUACAGCAGCUGCUAGGCUAUGACGUAGCAUUAGCAGUUGGUAUACUUCUCACUGCUCCUCACAGAAGGUUGUGAGAAAAAACUUAGCACUUCUCAAUCGUCUACCAGUGGACACAGGUUCAAAAAUGAAAAUCACAUGCUGCUACACAAAGUAUGUAUGUAUGGAAGCUUGGGGAAAAAACAUUUCACAAAAAAAUUUACUUUCAUCUGUAAUGGGUGAAAUGAUUUCUGGGAGGACAGCAGACAGGGAACACUUACAUUGCUACUAUCCAUUGAUAAAUGCAAGCUUUUAUCUGUUAGCACUCUCCCCUUGGCAUCCUUAACAUGCACUAAUAAAUCAAAUUUAUAAAGCAAAACUGUAGUAAGAGGUUAGAACAUUGAUUUAAAAAUAUGACAAACAGCGCUUUCCUAGUCUAGAAAUGUGUCUAAAUCAGAUCUGGCUUUCGACUUGUAGAUUGAAACUUGUAGAUUGAAACUAAAAUCUAACAAUGGGAGUUAGAAUAUUUUUUAUAUUUUUGUAACUACAGCUUUUUCAUUGGGGUAGUAUUUGUAAUUUAAUAAGUGGAUAGAUUUUAUAUUUGCCUUGCAUUUGCACCUGAUACUUCUGGAAAAAUGUAAAGGUUUACAAAUUUCUAAUGAUACUUUACAGGUGUCAAAGGCUUUUUGUUUUAAGUCAGGACCGCAAUUCUUACAGUUUUAAACCAAAAUAUAAUGGCAUAAACUGAAGUGUUUUUUUUUUGUUUGUUUUGUUUUUAACAUUCUAUUAUGGUGCCUUUUAUGUUUCUGACAUUAUAAGAAAUAACGCUUUGUUCUUGAUGCAUCUCAUAUGGAAGAGUGGUGAUUUCUAUUGUCCAUCCACAAUAUUUGUAUGUACUGUGAUAAGGUAGAUGUGCAUUUUGUGGGUCAAUCCUGUAAAGCUAAGAAAGGAGGUUUAUUUUCAAUGUCUAUGAAAUAUUUGAUUAAUAACAGACAAUCCUUACUUUCAAGUGCAUGCUUCUAGGUUUGAUUUUCCUACAGGUGCUCCUUAUAAUGGUACUUUAGAUGUAUGAGAAUUCCAAACAAUAAAGCACAUGUUUAAAAAAAAAAAAGAAAAGAAAAGAAGAAAGAGCAAUAGUUCUCCAUUUCCUAUGUUACUGAAACAAGAUUUCCUGGAUUACACAAUUUGAAGCAUUUAACUUCAUGUUGGAAAUAGUAUUUACUUUAAUCCAUGUAUUAGACCAUUGAUUUAUGCAUUGCUCCAGUUCACGGAUUAGAAAUUUGACGGACUUGUUGUCACAAAACUAUUCCUCAGCAAUGCAGAAUUGAACAUGCAGAUGAUCUUAGACAUACUCAUAAUUAAUCAAAUAUUUUUCUCUAAGGAGUUGUAACCAGGAGUUAAGCAAAACAGAUUUAUUUCUUCAUAGAGAGGAUCAGUCUUGACUAAGACUGAACAAUUGUGGCCUGAAAGGUUUGGUGAGGGGAUUGUUUGGUAUUGUUUUUGUUUUUUAAGUCUUAUUACAUGGUUUGUAUGAGAUUAAACAUACCGAGCAAGA